AUGUUCUCACGAUCAAGCUUCGCACGCAAUGGCGUACUCGCUCUCGGGCUUGCUGCUACGGGCUCUCUCGUCGCAGCCGGGCCUUGUGACAUCUACUCAUCAGGAGGCACUCCGUGUGUGGCUGCCCACAGCACGACGAGAGCCCUGUACAGCGCCUUCAGCGGUUCGCUCUACCAGGUGAAGCGCGGGUCUGACAACACUACGACCAACAUCGCGCCCCUCGCCGCUGGCGGUGUCGCUAACGCGGCCGCGCAAGACACCUUUUGCGCAGGCACGACCUGUCUCAUCUCUAUCAUCUACGACCAGUCCGGCAAUAACAAUCACCUGACCCAAGCUCCGCCCGGUGGCUUCGCUGGCCCGGAACCCAAUGGGUACGACAAUCUCGCGUCCGCGACCGGCGCGCCUGUCACGCUGAACGGGCAGAAGGCGUACGGCGUCUUCAUCUCACCCGGCACCGGCUACCGGAACAACGCGGCGUCUGGCACAGCUGUCAGCGACGAGGCCGAGGGCAUGUACGCCGUGCUCGACGGCACGCACUAUAACGGCGGCUGCUGCUUCGAUUACGGCAAUGCCGAAGUUAGUAGUAAGGAUACGGGUAAUGGUCAUAUGGAGGCUAUCUAUUUUGGCGACAGUACUUCUUGGGGCUACGGCUCGGGUAGCGGUCCCUGGCUCAUGGCCGAUCUGGAGAACGGGCUGUUCUCCGGCGUGGCGGUUAAAGAAAACGCCGGCGACCCCUCGAUCUCCUACCGCUUCCUCACGGCGAUAGUUAAGGGGGGACCAAAUCAAUGGGCGCUGCGCGGCGCCAACGCGGCGUCCGGCUCGCUGUCGACCUACUACAGCGGCGCCCGGCCCGACGCGUCGGGGUACAACCCGAUGAGCAAGGAGGGCGCUAUCAUCCUGGGCAUCGGCGGCGAUAACAGCAUCAGCGCGCAGGGCACGUUCUACGAGGGCGUCAUGACGACGGGCUACCCGUCCGACGCGACCGAGAAUUCGGUGCAGGCUAACAUCGUGGCGGCUAAGUACGUUGCGGCGUCACUGACGAGCGGGACGGCGCUCACGGUCGGGUCGUCGAUCUCGCUGCGCGCUACAACGGCGGGCUACACGACGCGCUACCUGGCGCACACGGACGCUACGGUCAACACUCAAGUAGUAUCAUCUUCCAGCACAACAGCGCUCAAGCAGCAGGCCAGCUGGACGGUGCGCGCGGGGCUGGGCAACAGCGCGUGCGUCUCGUUCGAAUCGGUUGAUACGGCCGGUAGUUACUUGCGCCACUAUAAUUUUGUGCUGCAGGUCGCCGCCGACGACGGGACCAAGCAGAUGCACGAGGACGCGACCUUCUGCCCGCAGGCGGGGAUCAGCGGGCAGGGCAGCUCGAUCCGGGCUUGGGGCUACCCUACGAGGUACAUAAGACACUUCUCGGACGUGGGCUAUGCUGCGACGAAUGGCGGGUACCAGGUUUUCGAUGCUGCUACUUCUUUCAAUGACGACGUGAGCUGGGUCAUCAGCACGGGUUUUGCUUGA